CCUUCUGGGGCAUCACUGCAAGCUCCGUCUGAAGUUUCGCUUCCUCGUUUGUGGUCUGAGACCUUACCACCAGAGGAUCACAGGUGGAUUGCCGGCAGGCUUUUUAGAAUGGGGUCCAAAGGAAAGCCAGAGCUCCGUGACAACCUUCAGCUCUGGUAUUACCCACCACAGCCAGCACUUACGUACAAUCAGGCUCCAGCUCCAGACAGAUUUUUCGCCCAUGCUCUUUUGCUGUGGAUGCCAUAUAAGCUGUGGAGGGUCAAGGUGCUCUGUCCCAAUCCUGCCUGUGGACAGCAUCAGCUUACAGGAGGCGGUCUGCACAAGAGGGCACGGCAGGUUCUGGACAUCGAUAGGAUGUACAACAUGGUCACAGAAACCCUCAUCUGUACCAAGUGCAAAGCCUCGCAUGUGUCCUGGAGUCAGACUGUCCUGCAACAGCUGGAUCUGGGCCAUUGCUCUGAGUUUCGGGUCAUCCUCACGCAGAAGUAUGCCUGUGAUCUGAGAGUCAUUAGAUUCCUGCGUGAGCGUGGCCUAGGCAACAGUCCUACACGGGUCAUCAAACAGCUGCAUGAGAACCACAGCGAGGAGUGGCUCAAGUGUCUGGCCCGGUACACCACCCAAUGUGUUGACUUCGUCAACCGCCCUGGAGUGUUGCCAAUAAAAUUCCAGGAGCCCCCAAAGCCUACAGUGGUGCCAAGCUGGAAGUGUCUUCUCACUGUUUACAGCCGAGACAUCCUGACAAGGCUGGAUGAAAUCCAUGCCAGGAUAACAUCCACUUACGGCACAGUGUUAAAGAUGGAUUCAACUAAAAAGAUCACCAAAAAGCUGGCAGGGACAGCCAGAGGAACGGGACUGUGGCUCACCUCUGUUGGCAACGAGUUUGGCCAGGUGCUCAUCAGUGUCUUAACAGCCCAGGAAGGAGCAGGACUGGACAAGAUGGUAGACGGUCUUGUGAAACGCUACCAGCAGGCCGGUGUGGAUCCACCUGCCGUGUUGUACGUCGACUGUGGGUGCUGCACUGAGGUGGGAGAGACCAAGCUGAAAGCUAGGUUCAGUGGAUGGCCGGAUCUCCUGAUAAGGCUGGACAUCUGGCAUUUUAUGCGCAGGAUCGCCUUGGGAUGUACAACCGACGCCCAUCAGCUUUACCCCAUCUUCAUGUCACGACUGUCAGCGUUCAUCUUUGAAUGGGAUGGUGCUGAUGUUUCUCUGCUCCGCAAAGCCAAGAGAGAGCUGCUGAUGUCCCAGGGUUGGCCUGCGCUGACAGAUGAAGAUGUCGACAAACACCUUAAGAGGGAAGAGUUGGCUCUCCAUUGUCGGAGGAGGACCUGCGGGGAGGAGACUACCAUCCUUCUCCUUGAAAGGCUGCUUACAGAGCUCCUAAGCAGCCAAGUCAACGACUUCCUGGGUGUUCCUCUCCUGGACAGAGAAAGGAUGGAGCACAUCUGGAGUGUCCAGAAGAAGCAUGUGAAAUGCAUCCAAGAUCCCCCUGGUGUGGUGCUCUAUACAGAGAAGGGGACCUUAACCAAGGGUGGUGUGCUUCUGAGGACAUACAGAUGUGCCAGAGGCUCCACUUCUCUCGAGUCCUUUCACUUGCAUCUCAACUGUUUCAUCCCAGGGACCAGUGCCAACAGUCUGAACUUUCAGAUUUAUCUGCUGGAGGGGCUUCACAGGUGGAACCAGGACCGGGAGGCUGCUUCCUUGUCAUCUGAACCAUCAGCUUUGCGCAGCUACACAGGAGAACUCCUUCACUGUGCAAACUGAAAUUAUGAAAAGCUGUUUGGCAGGAAAGUGGUCCCCACGUUUUGUCCCCCUGCACGUUACACCGGUGAGCUCAUUGGAGUCCAGUAUUUGUUCCUUCAGACUGGUCAGGCACUGCAGGAAAUGAACCCAGACUCUGAGCAGACAGCAGAGCUCCUUGAUGACCUCAAUGUGGAAGAGC